GCGAAGGAGAGGAGUGGAGAACGGGAGAAGGGCGUCGGGCCCGGUCGUCCGGGGUAAAAAGGCCUGAAAAGUGGGCAGGAAAGAGACGGGCGGGGAGCGCCGCUGCCAUUGAUGAGGGACCGCGCGUGCCGCGUGGGUGGGAGCACUUGCUGGCUCGCAGUUGCAACGGUCACUUUGCCUGGCCGGUGCCACCUCUGCCCGCGCCCCCGCCCACCAAAUCAUCUCUCGCUCAUCGAGCUAAGAACUCCUUCCAAGGGAGCGUGCAGUGAGAUCGCAUCGCAGCUUCGGCUGCCUUCUUAUAUUUGUUUCCCAAAUCCCAGUGACAGCCCGUGGCCCCCUGCAGUUCCUUGUUUGUUUCUACCCUUCCUCUCCCCCGGGGGCGCGUCCAUUUCUCAAUCUCCCUUGGUCACAGAGCAGGCGCCGUCGUCGUGGCGGCCGUGCGCAGAGAGGAAACGGCCGGGUAGGUGCCGCGAUGGGGAAGAAGCGGGGGGCGGCCGUGAGCGCCGCUGCGGCGCCCUUCUUCCCUUUCCCGGGGGCCGCCGCCGGCGGCGGCGAGCAGGACCACUUCAGCGACUACGGCUUCGACCCGCAGCUCGUCGGCUUCUUCGCCCAGGGUGAGGCGAAGCGGAGCAGGCGCCACCACUCCCACCAGCCGCCGCCGCUGGAGUCCGCGCGGUUCAAGAUCCAGAAGCCCAUCUCCAAGAAGCACCACCACCUGCAGAAACAUCAGCAGCAGCGGCGGCGCCGCCGGUGGUGGAGCUCCGCCGCCUCCGCCGCGCUCCUCCUCUUCAGGCGCCCCUCCUCCUCCUCCUCCCACUGCAGCCCCGCGGCGGCUCCAGCUCCUCCUCCCCGCUACGGAUCCUCCGCCUCGGCCGCCGCGCCGCUGUACCUCGCCGACGACGGCGACGACGCCGGCGCGGACGACGACGGCCCGGCCGCGUGCGCGUGCUGGGCGCCGGCCGUGCGGUCCGGCCGCCUGGCCGCCGCCGAGCUCGGCGCCGCGGCGGAGGCGAUGCCCUACGUCAGCCUCAGGCCCGCUAGCCUCGGCGCCGGAGGAGCGGGUGGAGGCGCUCCGACGAUGCCCAUCUACCUUGUGACCUGAAGCUGGCCCGGCUGCCGCGGCGGCCGACGCGGACUCUUCCUACUCCUUUCCCCGGGGUUCUUUCUUCUUGAUGAGAAGCUUGGACCACAUGUCAGUGAAUGUUUUCACCGGCAGUUUCGAUGGCUGACCGAGAUGUGGUCGGUCAAAGUCAAUGGUCAAAGAUCCAGCGCUUUAGUCAUAGAAGACUUGCAAUUAUGUGUUUCUUUAGUUGUUUUCCGAAAAAUUAUAUUGUUGGGCGUAGUUGAAAAGUCCAAAUCUCUUGGCUUUGUUUUGCUUAUUAGUUUGGCAUGGUAUCCUAUGAAAAUCAAGGUCUUUGUGCAAACUUU